AUGGCCAAAGCCGAGUCCGCAGGCGACGAGCCGCUCGCCCUCAGCAACAACGAGCUCAAGUUCAUCAAGGCUCUGUUCGACAACAUGACCCAAAAGCCGGACGCCAACUGGGAUGCUGUUGCCACCACGCUGUCGCUGAAAGACGCCAAGUGUGCCAAAGAGCGCUGGCGUCAGCUGUCUGUUCGUCACGGCUGGCGGGAGGGCGCCGGGUCUGGCAACGCCUCUCCCUCUCCGCGCAAGAAGGCUGAUUCUACUGCUGGCAAGGUCGGUAAGACAACAACUCCUCGCACUCCACGCGAAAAGAAGGCUGCACCUGAGCCAGAGCCUGAGGCUGAAGUCAAGGAGGAGGAUAAAAAGGAGCAGUCUGAAGAAUGUUACGAGUCUCCUUUCUGA